CAUCACAUCACAUCUCAUCACACAUCACAUCACAUCACAUCACACAUCACAUCACAUCACAUCACACAUCACAUCACAUCUCAUCACACAACACAUAACAUCACAUCACAUCACACAUCACAUCACACGUCGUUGGACAGUUUUCUACCUGUGGCUGUGGAUUUCCUCCUUUGUCCCGACAGAAACCAUAGAACACGUCGCCCGGUUAAAGCUUCGUUAUCAGAGGCUGUGACACUUUUUAUUCUUUAAUGAAUUUGUAUUUUUAAUAAAUAAAUCGCAUUUUUAAUUCAUCUGUUUUCAGUUUGAUAAAUAAAUCAGGUAAUAAGUCCUGGAGGUUCCUCCAGGUCCAGGUCCAGGUCCAGUCCAGGUCCAGACUCUAGUCAUGUGACCUUCGGGUGAUAAAAAACAGACAUUUAGAGGAAACAGUCCAGAUGAGUUCUUCUUCUCUGGUGUCCCUGGAGUUAGCAUUAGCUUAGCCUCCUUACUGCUACAGAGGGUGGUGUUCGCUAGCUGGCUCCUCAGCAGGAUGGGUUUAAAUAUGUUAACAUCUUCAAACAGCUCCUAACAGCUGAGACGCCUGUUGAUUCUGGUGUGUUGUCAGAAUCUUUAUCGUCAUUGAACAGAAAGCACAGCGGAGCCGUUUACAGUCCCAUUCAGUGCAAAUAAAUAAACCGAUCUGAACAUGUUCCUAUUUACAGAGAUGAAAGAGAAUAAUUCAUGAAUAGACCUGUGUAAUAUGUGUGUGUGUGUUUAUACAACUGGUGCUUUCAUGAAUUGCACAGGUCAGUUAAAGAAGAGGAAAACCAUCCCACGCUCAGUCUUUAUUACAAGAGUUUUAGGACGUUUGUUCUAAAAUAUGGAUCAUUUCCCCAAAUGAGUCCAGUCUAACAGCUCCACUUCUCCUCCUCCAUCCUCCAGCUGAAUCACCAUCAAAUCAUACUACUGUACCUAAUGAAGUGGCCGGGGAGAGUUUUUAUAAUUCAUAGUUUUGUUCAAUAAGUCUUUGAAAUGAAAGGUUUCUGAUUCCUUUAACCGUAUAUAGACUUUUUGCCCUUGUGUUUCUAAAACUUUAUUUUCUGUUGUGAGGACUCGGGACUAAUCAGUGAUGAAUAAUUAACAGCUUCAUUUAGAAAGGAGGCCAGUAUCAUUUAGCUAACAAAUAAUUCUAAAGUAGUGAAUAAAACAUUAUAAUUAUAAUAAUGUUUGGAUCUGUUUAAGUGCUUCUGAGUCCUCUAUGGUUUUUAUUUUAUUUUAUGUUAUUUUAUUGUAUUUUAUGAGAGAACGGUACUUGUGUUAAAGUCUGAAGUGACCAAACUCUGACUGAACGCUGUUAGCCGUUAGCCACCUAGCUUCUCUGCCAUUUUCCGCCGCUCAGUGUUUUGUUUGGUUGCUGUUAGCAGCAAGAUGGCGGCUCCCAUCCCGGCGCUUAGACCCGCUGCUCUGCACAUUUAACAGCCGCUCCUGGCCUCCGCAGAGCUCCGUCACACUGGUGCAUUCAGCAGCCGGUCAGAGAUGGAAGUGAGGCUGGAAAUGCAUUAGUUUUUGUGCUGCUUUCUGUUAAUACGAGCUGCUACCGGCGGCUAACUGUCCAUCCCGCACUGAGCUAACUGAAAGGACCAAAAUGGCGGACUAUCCGCUGCGGCCUGCGGCCUAGUCACAGUCAACAGUGCUCCCUGUUAGAUACACGUCUGGAUAUUUGCAGGAGGGAGUUAUUCCCUUUGUUUGAUUAAAAUCAGCUGGUUCCUGUCUCCAGAAACGCUUUUUGGCCCCGUUAGCAGAAGCUAGUUACUUUUCUACUUCAUUAGCCUACGAGCUAGUCCGUGGAGCUAGUUAGCGCGCUAAUGCUAACCGAGACUUUCUGACUACUCUCGACUGAGUUCGGAUUUCACCGAGGAUCUGGAGGAGGACCAGACACGGACAUCGCCGCCAUGGCAUCGGAACCCGCCACCCCCGCGGUGCUCCGGCCCCGAUGGAAGCGCGUCGUGGGUUGGACCGGCCCGGUGCCGCGGCCCCGGCACGGACACCGAGCCGUGGCCAUCAAGGAGCUAAUGGUGGUGUUCGGUGGAGGGAACGAGGGGAUCGUGGACGAGCUGCACGUCUACAACACGGCCACUAAUCAGUGGUUCGUCCCGGCGGUCCGAGGAGACGUCCCGCCCGGCUGUGCCGCCUACGGCUUCGUGUGCGACGGGACGAGGCUGCUGGUGUUCGGAGGGAUGGUGGAGUACGGCAAAUACAGCAACGACCUGUACGAGCUGCAGGCCAGUCGCUGGGAGUGGAAGCGACUGAAGGCUAAACCUCCAAAAAACGGCCCCGCCCCCUGCCCCCGCCUCGGACACAGCUUCUCUCUGAUUGGCGGCCAGUGCUUCCUGUUCGGAGGACUGGCCAAUGACAGCGAAGACCCCAAGAACAACAUCCCCAGGUACCUGAACGACCUGUACUGUUUGGAGCUGCGACCCGGCUCCAGCGUGGUCGGCUGGGAGAUCCCAGCGACGUCCGGGCCGGCGCCGCCACCCAGAGAGAGCCACACGGCGGUGGUGGCGAGUGGGCGUGGCCCCAACCGGCUCAUCAUCUACGGGGGGAUGAGCGGCUGCAGACUGGGAGACCUCUGGGUCCUCGACAUCGAGACUCUGGUGUGGAGUAAACCUGUCCUCGGUGGAACGGCCCCCCUCCCUCGAAGCCUGCACUCAGCCACCACCGUCAAAAACAAGAUGUAUGUCUUUGGAGGUUGGGUUCCUCUGGUGAUGGACGACGUCAAAGUGGCGACUCAUGAGAAGGAGUGGAAAUGUACCAACACACUGGCCUGCCUCAACCUGGACUCGAUGUGCUGGGAGACGGUGCUGAUGGACACGGUGGAGGACAACGUCCCCAGAGCUCGAGCGGGUCACUGCAGCGUCAGCAUCAACUCCAGACUCUUCAUGUGGAGCGGCAGGGACGGAUACAGGAAGGCCUGGAACAACCAGGUCUGCUGCAAGGACCUCUGGUACCUGGAGACAGAGUGUCCCUGUGCCCCGUCCCGGGUGCAGCUGGUCCGGGCCAACACCUCGUCCCUGGAGGUGAGCUGGGGCCCGUCCCAGACCGCGGACACGUACCUGCUGCAGCUCCAGAGAUACGACGUCCCCUCCACACCUGCAGCCUCCUCCCCCUCCUCCAGCGCCGCCCCCAUCCCCGCCGUCCCGGUCGCCACGGCGCCAGCCAUCCAGAGCGCCUCGCUGCCUGGCAUCACUCUGCUCCCCUCACCCACCGCCCCCGGUCCUGGAAGCCCAUUGGCCGUCAGAGCUCCAGCGGUCCUGAAGGCGGCGGCGGCGGCUCCGGGUGCAGUGGGCGGAGCCUCCAUCGUCACAGUGAGGCAGACCACGCCCAAAUCCCAGCCAAUCGGCAGCAGCCCUCAGAUGAGUGGCAUGGCGGCGCUGGCAGCGGCGGCGGCAGCGACUCAGAAGAUCCCCCCGUCCACAGCGUCCCCAGUUACCAAGGUGAGCAACGCCACCACUCGGAUGUUGAAGACAGCGGUGGCUCAGGUGGGCGGGGCUUCUCUGGUCUCCUCCCCCGCCGGGACUCCUGGCCGACCAAUCAUCACGGUCCAUAAGUCGGGCACGGUGACAGUGUCUCAGCAGGCACAGGUGGUCACCACGGUGGUGGGCGGAGUCACAAAGACCAUCACUCUGGUCAACAGUCCCCUGGGCAUGGGAAGGGGCGGGGCUCUGAUUGGUAACCUUGGUAACCUUGGUAACCUGGGGAAGGUGAUGUCGGUGGUCCAGGCCAAACCGGUCCAGGCUGGAAACAGCCCAGUCACACAGAUCCUCCAGACGAAGGCUUCCCUCCCAGCAGGGACCAUCCUUAAACUCGUAUCUUCAGCUGAUGGUAAACAGACGACCAUCUUGACUUCAUCUCAGGCCGGAUCCAACAAACCCACCAUCCUGGGCGUCGCCCCGGCAACCUCCAAACCCGGAGCCACCAUCAUCAAGACCAUCCCGAUGUCGGCCCUGCAGGGGGGAGCAGGUGGGAAUAGUCCGAUCACCAUCCUGACCACCAAGAUGGUGACUUCAGGGACCACAGGAAAACUCCUCACUGCUGUCCCUAAGAUAUCUACAGGAGGCCAGCAGGGGGUCACACAGGUGGUGCUGAAAGGAGCUACAGGUGCGCCAGGUACGAUCCUCAGGACCGUCCCAGUGGGCGGAGUCAGGCUGGUGUCACCAGGAGCUGCUGGAACCACGCUGGUUGUCAAGGCAACCACAGGUGUCUCCACCCUGGGGACGGGGACAGGGACCGUCUCCACCCUGGCCCGCCAGAUCACCACGGCAACCGCUGCCACUGGACCCAAGCAGCAGGUGACUCUGAUCACGACACCGAGCGGCGCCGAGGCUCAGGAUCUGGUCCAGGACCUGGUCCAGGACCUGCCCGUCUCCAUCAUGGCCUCCCCUACAUCAGAGGAACCAGGCAGUACUACUACUACCACUAGUACUAGUACUGCAGAGGGAGGAGGACACUCUGCUGCAGUGACGCUGGUCUGCUCCAACCCCCCAUGUGAAACCCAUGAGACCGGAACCACCAACACCUCCACAGUGUCCUCAGCCGGCAUGAACCAGGACCUGCAGGUGAGUUCAGGUCCCCCCAUCUGCUCCAACCCCCCAUGUGAAACCCACGAGACCGGGACCACCAACACCUCCACCAUGGCUGGAGCCGGAGGCGUCCACCAGGUGUGUUCGAACCCUCCAUGUGAGACCCACGAGACCGGGACCACCAACACCGCCACCACGGCUACAGCUCAGCAGGGCGGAGACUCAGACUCCACAGACCCCGCCUCCUCCUCCGACCCCACCUCCUCCACCACAGCCAAUCAGAGCAGAGCUAUCACCACUGUUACACAGGCCACGCCCACACCUGGACCAUCCAUACCUGAGAUCACCUCAUUGGUCGGAGCCGAUAGGGCGGAGUCCUCAGAGGCCGUCGCCAUGGUGACGUCAGAGAGUCAAGCAGAGGGUGUGAUGUCAUCAGCACAGAUGGCGUCCUCAGAGGACGGUCUUCCCCAGGAGCUGAUGUCAUCAGAAGGGGACGGAGCCUUGGAUCAGUUGGCUGUUACUACAGCAACAGAGGAGGCAGCGAGACAGAGUGGCGAGUCCUCGAUGGACCGGUCCAUUCCCAUCGUCCUGACGCAGCAGGAGCAGCAGUUUCAGGACGUCCACAACCAACCAGAACCAGAACCAGAACCCCAGACCAGCAGCAUCCCCACAGAGGGCCUUGCUCCGGCCGACAGCCUCAACGACCCGGCAGCAGAGACCAACGAGCACGAGCUGACAUCAUCGGCGGUGACGAGCGCUGUUGCCCGAUUGGCCAGCACGUUUGGCCCCGCCCCCGUUCUGAAGAGUCGAGCAGCUGCAGCGCCACCGGAGGCGAGCAACGGAAUUACCGCAACGGCAACGGCUGUCCACGUGAAGCCGCCAGCGAAGGAGAAUCAGUGGUUCGAUGUCGGCAUCGUCAAAGUCACCAAUGUGGUGGUCACGCAUUACUACAUCCCCUACGACGACAAGAUGGCCGACGACGACUCGGGUACGGUGCCCGACUACAGUCAGAUGAGGAGGGUGGAGCUUCAGCCGGGGACGGCGUACAAGUUCCGCGUGGCCGGGAUCAACAUCUGCGGCCGCGGGUCCUUCUCUGAAGUCUCUGCGUUUAAAACGUGUCUGCCCGGGUUCCCUGGAGCUCCGUGCGCCAUCAAGAUCAGCAAGACGGUGGGCGGGGCCCAGCUGACCUGGGAGCCUCCUGCCGUCACGUCGGGACCGAUCACCGAGUACUCGGUCUACCUGGCCAUCCGGUCCAGCCAGGCCUCCUCCUCCUCCUCCGGGUCCGGCCCGGCCCAGCUGGCCUUCAUGAGGGUGUACUGCGGUACCGGCGCAUCCUGCCUGGUCCAGGCCUCCAGUUUGGCCAACGCCCACAUCGACUACACCACCAAGCCCGCCAUCAUCUUCCGCAUCGCGGCCCGUAACCAGAAGGGCUACGGGCCGGCCACGCAGGUCCGCUGGCUGCAAGAAACCAGUAAAGACGCCAAACCAGCCAAGAGACCAGGAGCCUCUCCAGACCUGAAACCUGCCGGACCAAAAAAGUUCAGAACCGACCAAUAGGAGGAGCCGGACUUCUGCCGACACCUGUGACUGGCUGCGGAGGAGAAGGGGGCGGGGCUCUGGAAAUGAAAGACUUGUAGGAUAUCUGUACAUUGUUCCCAAGCUGCUGUCGUUGCCACGGAGACGGUGACAACAUUUCACUGGUUUGGGGGUCAGAGGUCACCUGCUGUAUGUGGGCGGGGCUUCUGCAGCUCUGUUGUAAAGUAAUUAAUUAAUUACCUCCUGUAGCAUCAAAACAUUUAUUUUGUUUUUUAUUUUUAUAAACUUAUGUAAAGAAACGAGUUGUUUUUUUUUUUCUUCUUCUUCUUCUUCUCUCCCAUUGGUCAUUUCUUCUGACCAGGAAGUGAAUUUCCAGCAGUUUGAAAAUAAAUGUCAGACCAAAUGUUUGUGAAUAUUCUCUGGAUCAAUAAAGAUUUUUAGAGCAGCUUUUUUUA